UGUGUGUGUGUGUGUGUGUGUGUGUGUGUGUGAAAUAUACAUAUGAUAUCUAGAUAGAUGAUACAAAGGCAUUACUCGGUAAUAAUAAAAUCAUUACUAUCAAUGUAAAGUUUUAAAAAAUAUAUUUAAUGCUAUGUCAUAUAUAACAUCAAUCAAACUUUGAUUCGAAGAUAAUAUAUUUUUAAAACAUCUCAAUUAAUGAUGUUUCGUAAAAAACGUAUAUCAAAUAAUUUUUUAAAAGGUUUUUACAAUAUUAUUUUAAAAAUAUGUACGUAUAGAAUUAACAUUUUUAAACAUUACUUUAAUGUUUCUUGCUCACUAGGUAUAUAUCGUUUAUUUCACAUCUAAUUUUCAAAUGUCUUCGUUUUCUUGUCGUUAUGUGUUUCAACAAAGUAAUCGCAAAGAGAAUACAAUAUGUAUAAUUGACGCGGAAAAUCUUUGUCAAUUGUGCCUUCAAUCCUGUAUAAAGACAAAUAUUCGAUAAUAAUAAAACAAAAAUAUUCGGUAAUUUAAAGGCGACGAACACUGCACUGAUAUUAUGAUAUCCUCCGUUAUCUUUUCGAGUCAUAGGUCCUAUUAUACGAAAUCGUUCUUGGAAGAAAAAGUUCCAUUGCAACAUAUUGCGAAAAUUCGUCGAAAGCGGCGAAGUAAGAAGAAGGGGUGGUUGCGCGACUCGCGUCGUCUCGCGCACCUUGUUCGCGAAACCGGUCGGUGAUCAGGGGCUGAGCGGGGACAAAAGCAUAUCUCUCACCGUUCCGGCGAUAAACGUUAAAAUGCGACAGUUGAGUUCGGUAUGUUCCGUAUGAAACACAAUUAAGCGGUACGCGAGAAAAAAAACACAAGAAAUAUUAAUCAUCUAACGAUUUAGUGACUUUAGUUACCGAUGCGCACGCGUCCUAGUUCAUUUGCUGACCUUGUAUGCCACGAAUGAUAACGAGGCGUUCUCUCUCGUAGCUUCCGCUUUGCGGUUCCGUCGUUAAUCGUUCGGAUUUCAAGCAAUUUCGACAAUAGACGAAUCGUUCCAUCUCGUCCCGCGCGCACUCGACCGACAGCGAAUGUUCCACGCAUUCCAAUUCCUUGACAGCUCGCGAACGAAUAUCGCGGAAUUUUCGAAAGUUAGACGAACACGUGAGACGGGUGUGCGUGCGCGCUUGCGUAUCUCGCUACGCGCGCGAAAUCGCCCGCUCUUGCCGCCAUCGAAAAGGCGAAAGCAAAGUUGAAGAAACUCGACGAAUACUUGAAUAGUAUCGCAUACACGCGAUACAUCGUCGAGGGCAAAAAAAAAUUGUGAGAGACUAUUGGAUCGUAAGAAGCUGUCAAAACUAAUUUAAUCGAACAAGGUCGAAGUUAUGAUUGAUACUAAUGGGGUAAAUGAUUACAAAAAGUCGAAUGUUUUAUGGCAGAAAAUUGAUACUGAUCGAAAUGAACAUCUGCAUAUUUAUGGAUUCGAGAAAAGUUCGCUGAGGACCACUCUGACAUAUGUAUUAUAUAUAUUAUCUCUUGGAUUGGUACGACUAUUGUUUCAUUGGUAUCCUCGGCUACAUCUGUAUGCGACUCAUAAAAAGUGUGCUUUAAGUUGUGCAACAAAAAUACUCGCAAUAGAUAAUUAUCAAGGAUACAAGUCGUAUUUUGUACAAGAUGUUCGAGAAAUUUCUACUAAAAAUAUAAGUGUAAACAGCUUGUCGAUCACUUUGGGUGCCGUUGAACAAGAUCUCUUAGAGAAAAUCAAGGACAAAAAAUUAAAAAUUAAUUUAGAAAAUGGUACGCGUUGUGAGAUUCACGAAUACAAGGCUUUUUGGUUUAAAAAGAAAUGUUAUAUCUGGGACGCUACAAAAAAUAUUUUCUCGAGGCUCGUAGGACUUGACAAUGGUACAAUGUGUUCCAAUCUGCAUCUCUCGCGCAGCAAUGGCUUGUCCAAGGAAGAGCAAUUACUUAGGCGUAUCGUCUACGGAAAUAACGACAUUGUUGUUCCACUUCAGAGUAUCGGCAUAUUACUACUGCUAGAAGUUUUAAACCCAUUUUACAUUUUUCAAGUGUUUACCUUGUGCGUAUGGUUUGCGGAGGGCUAUCUAUAUUAUACUAUCGCUAUAGUGUUAAUGUCACUGUUUGGCAUAACGAGCUCUAUAGUACAAACGCGUAAGAACCAAGUAAACCUGCGUAGUACCGUCGCAUCGUCAGAAAAUGUACGUGUACUUCGCGACAGUGGUAUUUUCGAGAAUAUCUCCAGUAAGGAAUUGGUACCCGGUGAUCUUAUAGAAUUACCAAAAUAUCAAACGACUCUCGUGUGCGACGCGGUUUUAUUAACUGGACAGUGUAUAUUAAACGAAUCCAUGUUAACGGGCGAGUCUGUACCUGUAAUGAAAACGUCAUUACCAUUACGCCAUACAUUGUACGAUGCUAAAGAGUAUACGUAUCACACGUUGUACAGUGGUACUACUAUAAUACAAACCAAAUAUCACGGCGACCAACCGGUUCUCGCGAGGGUAAUCAGAACUGGUUUUCUAACCAGCAGAGGUGCUCUGAUCGCUGCCAUAUUAUAUCCACCUCCAGCGGAUUUCAAAUUUGAUAAAGAUUCAUAUAAAUUUAUUGGCAUUUUGGCAUUUAUCGCAACUUGUGGCUUUAUAUACACCGUAAUAACCAAGGUCUCGAGAGGAAGUGUAGCUGGCGAUAUAGUGAUAAAAGCACUAGAUAUCAUUACGAUAGUCAUACCGCCGGCAUUACCAGCCGCGAUGACCGUAGGAAAACUAUAUGCCCAAGCGAGAUUGAAACGUGAACAAAUCUACUGUAUUAAUAACAGGAUCAUAAAUGUUUCCGGCAGCAUAAAUUGCGUAUGUUUCGAUAAGACGGGAACAUUGACAGAGGAUGGAUUGGACAUGUGGGGCGUUGUAGCAUGUACAAACGGCAUACUUGCCAAGGCUGAGACAGACGUAUCCAAGGUCAAAGAUCAUCCUCUUUUCGAAGGAAUGUUAGUUUGUCACAGUUUGACACUUAUCGAUGGAGAACUUUGCGGAGAUCCCUUGGACGCAAAGAUGUUCGAAAGUACCAAAUGGGUACUGAAAGAUUUAGAAUGCGCGCACGUAGAUAAAUAUAAUUCGAUGUCAUCAAUCGUCGUAAGAUCACCGGAGAACACAAGCUUAACGAACAAUCUGAACGAAAUUACGGAGAUUGGUAUAAUACAGCAAUAUCAAUUCUCGAGUUCUUUACAACGAAUGUCCGUUAUCGUACAAGCAUCAGGAUCGAAUAAGUUCAGAGCUUAUACAAAAGGCUCUCCCGAGAUGAUAAUCAAUCUAAGCAAGACGGAAACAGUACCGAAGGACAUUUCGUUCAUCUUGGAGCGAUUCACCAAACAGGGAUUUCGUGUGAUAGCUUUGGGCCGCAGAGCGACAAUUUUCAAAAGUAGUGCAGAGAUAUCGAAACUAUCUCGAGAAAUGGUUGAACAAGAUUUGGAAUUCUUAGGACUAGUCAUUCUGGAGAAUCGAUUGAAGCAACCGACGGCACCAGUGAUUACGGAACUGAGGGAAGCUAACAUACGCGUGGUGAUGAUUACAGGAGAUAAUAUUCAGACUGCGGUGAGCGUCGCUAGAGAAUGCGGAAUACUUUCGAUUGAAGAACACAUCGUGGAUGUGACUACAGCCACCAAUGAAGGAAAAGAUCGUCCAGAGAUUAUUUUCAACGUUCAAUCUCAAUCUCCAAGAUUGAGCUCGCAAGAUCAAAAUCACUCGGUGUCAUCGACGAUCAAAGAUAUAGAACGUGGUAUAGCCAGUGAUAAUUAUAGAUUUGCCUUAACGGGUCAAACGUGGCAAGCGAUGCGAGAAUAUUAUCCCGAUCUCGUAGACCGUGUUUGCGUACGGAGCGCGGUAUUUGCCAGAAUGAAUAGCGAUCAGAAGCAACAAUUGGUCGUGGAGCUAAUGCGACUCGGUUAUUAUGUAGCCAUGUGUGGAGACGGCGCUAAUGAUUGCGGAGCAUUAAGAGCCGCACACGUCGGUAUAUCUCUCUCCAAAGCAGAAUCCAGCGUGGCCAGUCCCUUCACAUCAAGAGUACCCGAUGUAAGUUGCGUUCCGAAAAUAAUACGGGAAGGACGCGCCGCUUUAGUCACGUCAUUUGGAAUUUUUAAAUUUAUGAUCGCGUAUUCCCUUACCGAAUUUUUGUCCGUCAUAAUAUUGUACUCCAUAGAUUCGAACUUGACAGAUCUACAAUUUUUGUUUAUCGAUAUCUGUUUAAUCAUUAACUUUGCCUUUUUCUUCGGCAAAACUCGCGCAUAUAAGUACAAGUUAUCCAAAACAACACCGAUGACGAGUCUGCUAAGCUUCACUCCUCUCUUAUCUUUAACCGCACACAUGUUGAUAAUGAUCGUAUUUCAAGCAACAGUGUAUCACGCCGUUCGACAAUUUUCAUGGUUUAUCCAAUUCAUUCCUACCAGCAACACCGGAUAUACAUGUUAUGAAAACUAUUCGGUCUUUUGUGUUUCUAUGUUUCAAUACAUAACGAUGGCAAUUGUAUUUUCACGCGGAAAGCCCUACAGACGCGCGAUCUACUCGAACGGCGCAUUUAUGUCUUCCAUACUUUUAUUAACGGCCAUAUGCGCAUAUAUUACGGUUUAUCCCGCAAAUUGGGUAGUGAAUGCGUUAGAGUUGAUCGUACCACCCGUCUACAAUUGGAGGCUCGUUAUCCUAGCGCUCGCUCUAGCCAACUUUUUCAUUUGCUUUUUUAUCGAGAGCUUUAUAAUAGAGUACGUCAUUGAAAACACCUUGAAGAGAAAAUUAUAUAAACCGGAAAAAUCUAAAAAACGAUAUCUAAAGAUUGAAUACGAAUUAAAGAAUUGCGAAAAUUGGCCGAAAUUUAAGAAACAACCAAUAUUAUCUAUUCUGCGAAAAGAUGGCUCGCAAAAUAUUUCAUACUGUAAUAAUCAUUGUCGGAGCGAUGCAAUUUCGAACAAUCAAACAACGAAUGAUUUUAGCAAUUCUAGCAAGCUUUCGAAUGGGCGAAUCGAUAAGAAAAAUCAACAAGGAUUUGAAAAUUUUGGCUUUACCAAUGACCAAGUAUAGUGCUAAGAAGUGUAUACAUCUACUCACGAAUUAUUUCUUCAAAUAGGUCAAUCAUAGUUAAUUAUCUCACUGUUCGGUGCUGAAAAGUAAUAUUUAUAAGGCCAGUUUUUUGUCGCUGCACUGAUGCAAUAAGUUAGAAUAAGACAAAUAUAUUUUUUUCUCACUCUAACUUAUUGCACCAGUGAAACAGUGCAGCGACAAAAAACAGGCCUAUAAUAUAAGACCUGCAUGUAAAUAGGAGAAGAGGAAGAGAGAGUAAACACGUAGUAUUUAUGUAUCUACAAUAAUUCCAUUGGAUAUGUUAGGUUUACAACGUUUCAACGUAAAAUCAAACGUUUUUAUGAUUUUUAUGAAGAACACAGAUAAUAACACAUACCUAUAUAGAUCGAGGCACGGCACGUUUUGCUCUGCUAUCACAACAUUCAUUUAUCUCGGCAAUAUAAAUUGUGCAUUUCGUGACAACGUGCAUAAGAAAAUAACAAUACACAACAUGCAACUUUCA